AUGCAAGUAGACUCCAACUUACUACAUUUUGUCAAUGACAUGAACCGGAUGGAGUUUCCGCAAAAGUGCACUUUGGGACCGAAUCAGCAGGUGGAUGAUGACGCAUCCAGCCCGAGCGACCAGACGCGGCUGAGCGACUCGCCCUGGAGCGACCUGGAAAGCGGCGAGCGCACCGCGGAGCUCUGCACCCAGCAUCUGGUGAUGGGCGCACCGAGGUACUACAGCCGCGGGGCGCACGGGCAUCACGGCAGGGCCAAACGGAGGAGGAUCAUCACCGUGGUCCAGCGGCAGGCGGCCAAUGUGCGGGAAAGGAAGCGGAUGUUUAGCCUGAAUGAGGCGUUUGAUGAACUGAGGAGGAAAGUUCCCACAUUCGCCUACGAGAAGAGACUGUCCCGCAUCGACACGCUGCGUCUGGCCAUCGUCUACAUCUCAUUUAUGACGGACCUGCUGGAGAACACCUGAUUUAAAGGAGCCCAAUGUGAACUUUAUUCCUUGGAGACUUUGGGUUUGAUAUGAAAUGGCUGAACUGAUGAAUUUACAUUCAUGUUUCUGCAAACCGGGGGUCAGUUCCUGAAAUAUUAGAACUAUACCACAACAAAUAUUUAAAAACUAUACAGACAUUUUUACAUUUCAAUAACUCUCAUCUCUCAGAAAAGUAAAGCGGUGACAUCAUGAUUUAAUUUUGCCAAUGACCUGCUAAAUUAUUGGACGUGACCUAAACCAGCCGAGAGCAACUCCUCCAAAUAUUUCUCUUAAUAUAUGUGACUUUUUGCUGCUUUUAAAUAAAUCUAUAUGCUAUAAUAAUUUGUGUUUUUCGCUGUGCACUAAAGAAAACAACAAAAGAUGUCAUUUAUAAUUUGGCCAGACUGUAAUGUGCACAAUCAAUACUCUUAAAUGCAUUUGUUUUGUAUUAGAAGGAUCCAUCCAGACUGAAACAGUAAUAAUAUAAUUUUCAAUAUAAGCUAUACAUUGUAGGUAGGUUUCUAUGGACAUGGGCGGAUUAUG